GCUCCGCGAGUCCUCCUUUUUGCACACACACGAAUACAAAGAGCCAUACGACCUUCGGAUCCUGGCGGGCCUUUUUGAGUCUCAUCUCAGUUCCUUAGGUUGGAGUGGUGGGGGAUUCCAGGCUUGAGUGCAGGAAGAAUGUUUUCUACCCUCUGAAACUGUAUUCAUCAAGAAGGCCUUUGUAGGCACCACCCUUUCAGUAAGGGGUGAAUGUGAGUGACACUCAGUGUGUUGUCCUAGGGGAGCACAGGAUCUGCAGACAGAAGAAGGCAUCUAUCUCUCCUCUGCAGGCCAAGGAGAGGCAGCCAUGGACUGUGUGCUCCUUCAUGGCUUGCCUACUCUUUCACAAAACACACCACCUGGUGCCCAGCCUCCUCUGAUUAUCCUCCAUGGGAAAGAAAAGUGAAUCCAAAGAGGCCAGUGCUUCCUGCCAAACUUGUGAAAUCCAUUCGACUGGGGGCACUUUUUGGAGCAGUCCAGCAGUGUGAGCGUGGUUAUUGUUGCUUCUGUCAGCCAUGUCAUUCAGUGCCACCAUUCUCUUCUCCCCUCCCAGUGGCAGCGAAGCCAGAUGCUGCUGCUGUGCCUGUAAGAGUGAGACUAGUGGGGUCAGCACAGGCUCUCAGGGUGGGAAUCCUCCUCCCAGCACCCCUAUCACAGUGACCGGACAUGGCCUGGCGGUUCAGAGUUCAGAGCAGCUCCUGCAUAUUAUCUACCAGCGAGUGGAUAAGGCAGUGGGUCUGGCUGAGGCUGCUCUGGGUCUUGCCAGGGCCAACAAUGAAUUGUUAAAACGUCUCCAGGAGGAAGUGGGUGAGCUGAGGCAAGGACAAAUGUCCACCCCUGAUGAAGAUGGGGAUAGCCGGGCACAUGGUUCCUCACCAGAGGAGCCAGGGCCUCUCAAGGAGAGUCCCGGGGAAGCCUGCAAGGCUGUGUCUGCUGCGGAAGAGGAGUGUGACAGCGUGGGCAGUGGCGUGCAGGUGGUGAUCGAGGAGCUACGGCAGCUGGGAGCAGCCUCCGCUAUGGGGCCUGGGCCUUUAGGCUUCCCAGCCUCUCAGAGAGACAUGCGGCUCCCGGGCUGUGCCCUGCCUGCCAGCGAGGGGACCCCGAUGCUCAAUCCUCUGGUGGAUGAUUAUGUGGCCUCUGAGGGUGCAGUACAGCGGGUGCUGGUCCCUGCUUAUGCCAAACAACUCUCACCAGCCACGCAACUGGCUAUCCAGCGGGCAACCUCAGAGACAGGGCCAGAAAAUGGAACCAAACUGCCACCGCCCCGCCCAGAAGACAUGCUCAGUGCUGCUGCUGCCCUGGAAGGUGCCUUGGAAGAGUCAGGCCCUGGGGGAACUGAGGAGCUGAGACAUUCUCUAGGGUUUACUGCUUCCCCAUGCAGGACCAGAGGGAGCGGGCAAAAGAACUCCAGGCGCAAGCGGGACCUGGUACUUUCUAAAUUGGUCCACAAUGUGCAUAACCACAUCACCAAUGACAAGAGAUUCAAUGGGUCUGAAAGUAUCAAGUCCUCUUGGAAUAUUUCAGUAGUGAAGUUCCUUCUGGAAAAACUCAAGCAGGAGCUGGUGACCAGUCCCCACAAUUACACUGAUAAAGAGCUGAAAGGAGCCUGUGUAGCCUAUUUCCUUACUAAGAGACGUGAGUACCGCAACUCCCUGAACCCUUUUAAAGGCCUGAAGGAAAAAGAGGAAAAGAAACUUCGAAGUCGUAGAUACCGGCUUUUUGCCAACCGAUCUAGUAUUAUGAGGCAUUUUGGACCUGAGGACCAACGUCUGUGGAAGGAUGUGACAGAAGAGCUGAUGUCAGAUGAAGAGGACAGUCUUAAUGAGCCAGGUGUCUGGGUGGCCCGCCCUCCCCGUUUCCGGGCCCAGCGCCUCACAGAGCUCUGCUACCACCUGGAUGCCAACUCUAAGCAUGGCACUAAAGCCAACCGUGUGUAUGGCCCUCCCUCAGACCGAUUACCUUCUGCUGAGGCCCAGCUCCUUCCACCAGAACUUUAUAAUCCUAAUUUCCAAGAAGAGGAAGAUGAGGGAGGUGAUGAGAAUGGACCUGUCUCCCCAUCUUUUGACCAGCCCCACAAAACUUGCUGUCCUGACUUGAACUCAUUCAUUGAAAUCAAGGUGGAAAAGGAUGAGUGAAAUCUAUAACCAAGAUUAAGUCUGGCUUCUGCCACUACCCAUGUCCCAGAAAUGGGUGGCUCUGGGGCUUCCUAGAAUAAUGAGAUGUCCUCUGCAGCCUGAGAAAGCAAGUCAACCUCUCUCCCUAACACAGUCCCUACUGGAAGUAGAAACUGGCAGCUCUGGUUGGAUAAAGGACUUAUCUGGAAAGGGGUGAACUUCCCCUGUUGUGAAUGGCAAGCCAGAAAAUGAUUAUUUCUAAGCAUAAACAGUGCCUCAGAAGAGCCUGAGAUGAGGAAAGGAGGAUGGGUCUAAGAAACAUGAGGCCUUCUCAACAUA